UUACUGUGGCACUCUCAUUUUCUUGUGUUCCAGCUUCAGUUAAUGUGCCCCCACAGUAAUCUAAGUGUUGGCGAGCAGGAAGUGAUGCUGUUACCUUAAUGAAGAGUCAGCCUGUUAAAUAGCGCUUUCUCUAGACAUAUACCAUUAAAUCCAGUCUUUAGCUUUAGCUAUAAACACUCGUUCAUUUAGUCGAUCUCUCCUUCUUUCUUGGACUUUGCAUUUGGACUAAAAGAAGAGCAAGGUAAGAAUGAAACCUGCCAUACUGAUUCUCUGUCUGCUGGGAGCAGCCUAUGCUAAUCCAAUCUUGCAUAAAAUGGCUAUGGAGAUGAUUCAGCAUGCAUCCAACUCUUCAGAAAGCUCUUCAGUAUCUGAAUCAUCCGACCAGAGCAAUACCUCAGAACCUUCAGAAGAGAAGUCCAAGGAAAAUGCCUCCGACAGCAGUAGCUCAGAAUCGCUUGAAUCGGACUCAGAUGAACUGAUCUCUAGCGAAAGCCAUUCUGUGGAAAGUCUGAUUGGAAAAAGCGAGACUUCACUGACAUCAGAUAACACUCAAAGCAGUAAAGAGAACGUUCGCAGGGGCUGGAUCUACACCCUCAAAUGGGUCCAAUUGAACAACGGUGACAAAGUGCAAGCGACCAGCCAGCCAGACGAGAAUUACAUCAAAUCCACCAGUGAUGCAUCAAAAAAAAGUGAAAGCAGUGAAUCGAGUGAAAGCCAGGAAACAAAGAAAGAGGAUAACGGUGCCGACACGAGUGAAAGCACUGAACACAGUGUUGAAGGUACUGAGUAUAUUACAAGCAACAGCAGCAGCAGCAGCAGUAGCAGUGAAAGCACCGAGUCCAAAAACAGUGCAGUGGAUAGCGAAAGUCGCUCAACUGAGUGCCUUCCCGGGGCUGACAGCCAAGAAUGUGACAGCGAGGAAGACUUUCCUCAGGAUAUCGGUGAUGAUGGUGCAACCGACCCUUUUAAUGGCUUCCUAAUGCCUGAUGUCACUGAGCCCUAGCAGCAGUUUAAGACAAUCUUAUGACUCAAUGCUCUGAUAUCUGCAAGUGGAAAUCCCAGGAACAUAUUAAAAUGGGAAUGUUCUAUUAAGGAGGGUAUGUGAGGAAAUGUAUAUGAUAUUAAUAUAAACCAUUAAAUUGUUAAUAAUGUUUUAUGGUACCUCAGUCUACAUCAUCCUUAAGUUAAAAUUAAAAAAUAUAUUGAUUUGUAUUAUUUUGUUUUUAUACUUUACCCUAUAUUGUUAACACUUUACAAUAAAGUAUCAUUUGUUAACAUUAGUUAAUGCAUUAACAUGAACUAUAAAUGAGCACUAUAUUAACCUUUAUUAAUGUUAAUUAAAAAAAUGUUCAUUGACAGUGCAUUAACUGUUGUUAACAGAUCUUAAAAAUGUAUUAGAUUAACAUUAACUAAGAUUAAUAAGUGCUGUAGAAGUAUCGUUUGUUGUUAGUUCAUGUUAACUACUGUAGUUAACUAAUGUUAACAAAUGAAACCUUACUGUAAAGUGUUACUGAAUUGUGUGCAGUAUUGUUUUUUAAAAAAUAUAUAUUUAUAGAUUUUGUAGUCAUUUAUUUUUACUGUUGGUAU